AUUGAAGAUCUGAAGAAGAUAAACUAUGAGCUAAGGCAACAUGUCAUGCAACUCCUUGAUACGAAGCAAGUGGUGGGAAGUCAAGUGGAUAGGUUCACCUGUAAAAAUGAUCACCUGUGUAAAGAACUGGCUGUAAUUGGCAAACUAUCUGAGCAGCUGGAAAAAGAACUGCUAUUGAAUACUGCUGAUAAGGAGCUUAAGGAAGCAAAGGUUAUUUUACAAACAGAAGCUGGAAUGAAGCAAGGGAGGUCACCUUCAAAGCUCGAUGCCUUUAUUAAGACGUUGGAAGAGGACAGAGACUACUAUAAAAAUGAGACUGAGAAUUUGCUGAAGAUAUUUAGAAACACAUUUGCAAGUCCUAAGCAAACCAAUACUUGUGGCAUGACCUUUGCUCCAGACAUUUUGAAAAUAUUGAGAGAACGUGAAGACCUUAAGUCAACACAGAAGAAAUACGAGCGCCAUGUAGCAGAAAUUCAGGGUAACCUCAACGUUUUAACAGCCGAGAGAGACAAAAUGGUCAAUCUUUAUGAACGGGCACAGCAAGAGAUUUCCCGGCUUCGUCAGGAAGUUAUCAAGUGUCCAGGGAGUCCUAAAGCUAUGGCAACAGCUCAAGCUAUGUUAAGACAAGUGGAGAUGGAAAGGGAUACAGUACUGUCAGAUUUUCGAAGGAUGACUACAGAACGUGAUAGCCUCAGGGAGCAGUUAAAGAUUUCCCAAGAGACUGUGUUUAAUGAAAAGGCUCGUUUGGAACAGCGGAUUGAAGAGCUAGAAGCUACCAUUCAAAACUUAGAAAGUGAACGGUUAGAACAGGUGUCCAAAGUGACGCUAAUGAAAGACACCAUUGAUUCUCUGGAAACUGAGAUUAAAAGAUUGGCAAGAAAAGUACUGAACUCUGAAACUGAGCUGAGCCGACGGGAAGCUGAAUAUGUUUCACUUAAUUUAUUAAAUGAAAAGACAGAACAGAGUCUUUCAGAGGCUCAGCAAAGCCUUGUUAAGAAAAAAUGUGAACUACAAGUUGCUCAAGAGAAAAUUACACUUCUGGAUGAAAAAAUUGAUAACUUUUCAAGACACAGUCUCGUACAACAAGAAGAGAUCUGUGCUUUGAAGGGAACAGUUGCGCAACUCAAUAAAGAGAAGGCAUCUUUGCAAGGCUGUGUGGAAGAAGGAAGAAAAACGAUUGCUACUUUUGAGGAAAGCCUGGCAACUAAAGAGAAAAUAAUUACAGAUUUCAAGAUUCUGAUUUCUGAGUUGGAGCGUUCCAUAAAGAAAUCUUCUGAAGCGCUCUGUAUCUGUGAGAAAGAUAUCACCACUUUGGAUCAACAGCUACAAGAAACCACCAAAGAACUUGUGCAGGCUAACAAGAACAGAGAAUCAUUAGCUCAGGAGAAGGACAGGUUACAAGAGCAUCUUUCUAAUAUUAAGCAAGAAAAUCAGGUAUUAUAUAAAAAACUAGCGAAGUACCAAGAUGAGCUUGAUGAUACGAAGUUGAAAGCCCAGGAUUUAAACACAGAUGUUGUCAGGCUGAAGGAUGUACUGAAGUCUAAAGAGAGAGAGAGCUGUGAGCUUUUGGAGAAGUACCACAAAGCCUGUGAACAAGGACAAAGCUGGGAAGUAAAAUGCCAUCAAGCAGAAGCAGAUUGUAGCUCUGUUAGACUGGUACUGAUCAGUGCAGAGGCUGAGAACUGCAGGUUGAAGGAGAAAGUGGAGUCCCUUGAAAGAGUGAUGGAGCAACUGCAGAGGAAGUGUGACUCAUCCCAUUCUGAAAUAGAGCUCCUGAGAAAACAACUGGGAAAUGAAAGAGCAGCUAUGAAAAACCUGGAAUCUUUGCUUCUGUCCAGUCGUGAGAAAGAACUUCAGUCGCAGAUAGCAAAGCAAGAAAAAGACUCUGAAAUUCAGUUGCUCAAGGAACAGCUUUCUGUAGCAGAAGAUAAAGUCGCUGUGCAGAGUCGAGAUUUUACUCAGCUCAGAAACAGAGCAGCUCAGCUAGAGUUGGAACUGGAUAUGACCAAAAGACAGCUGGGGACUGAGCGCACUGAAAGGCAACGUGUUGUAAAGGAGCUUCAACGUCGGAAUCGUAUGAUCUCGUAUCAGUUAAACUCUACAUUAAGAACAUCAUCACCUGAACAUUCCCGUCAGCCAUUUCCUGAUUGGUCUCCAGACUGCUCCCUGGAAGG